AUGAAUGUCGAAAAAAUGGUAUCUCUUUAUAAUCUAUAUCUUCAUUCUUUCCAUCGUUCUGUAAAUUCUUCAAUCUCUCUUCCUUCUUUCUUUCACUUUCAUUCAUCUUUCAGUUCUUUCCAUUCUCUAUUCUUCCUGCUUUCAUUCCUCUUCCUUCAUCUUUCAGUCCUUUCCACUCUUCAUCCUUCCAGCUUUCAGUUCUCCUUCAUUCAAUCCUUCCAUCUUUACAUUCUUUCUUUUAUUCCUUCUAUCUUUCCAUCCUUCCAAUCUUUCCUUCCUGCAACCUCUCUCCUUAUUUCUAACCCUCUUUUUUUAAUCCACUCUUCUUUCAGUUCUUUCCGUUCUCUAUCCUUCCAUUUUUUCAGUCCUUUUUCUUUCAAUCCUUCCAAUCUUUCCAUCCUUCCAAUCUUUCCCUCUGUAAAACCUUCCGUUCUUCAAGCCAUUUCAGUCCUCCUUCAUUCAAUCCUUCCAUCUUUAUAUUUUCCUUCAAAUCCUUUUAUUUUUCUAAUCCUUCCUUCUUUACACCCUUUCUUCCUUCAAUCCGUCUAUAACUUCAUUUUUUUCCAUCCUUUCCGUUAUCUUUCAUUCAAUCCUUCCAUCUUUACAUUCUUCCUUUUAUUCCUUCUAUCAUUGCAUCCUUCCAAUUCUUCCUUCCUUCAAUAUCUCUUCCUUCUUUCAAACCUUCCUUCUUUUAAUUCACUCUUCUAUCAGUCCUUCCAUUAUCUAUCCUUCCUGAUUUCAUUCCUCGUUCUUUCAAUCCUUCCAUCUUUCCGUCCUUCCAAUCCUUCCGUCUUUAAAACCUCCCGUCCUUCCUUACUUCAAUACGUCUAUAUCUUCUUUCUUCAUUCCUUUUUACUUUUACUUGAUUUUACCAAAUAA